AUGGCAGUACCUACACGUAGUCUACGGCAUUUGUCUGCCGUGAGAGCUACCCUCUCUCCCGCACCGAUCUCAAUUCCGUCCAUCGGCUGUCGAGGCUACGCCACCGCCGACCCGUCAUCCGCCACAGGAGCCACCCGGCGCCGAGCAACGACUUUCCAAGAUAAGCUCAACGCAGGCCCGUCGUUUGCAGAUUUCGUAUCCGGAGGCCAGCAGGAUGAACCCCUUGAUCCGUCCGAAGCCUACACCCUGAAAACGGCGCUCGUCGGUCCCGCCGGCCGCAAGAAGGAAAUGACCCGGCUGCCCUCGUGGCUCAAGACCCCCAUCCCCGACUCGAAGAACUAUCAGCGACUCAAGAAGGACCUCCGGGGUCUCAACCUGCACACUGUCUGCGAGGAGGCGCGCUGUCCCAAUAUCUCGGACUGCUGGGGCGGAAAUGACAAGUCCUCGGCGACGGCGACUAUCAUGCUCAUGGGCGACACAUGCACACGCGGCUGCCGGUUCUGCAGUGUCAAGACAUCGCGGGCACCUCCGCCACUCGACCCGCACGAGCCCGAGAAUACGGCCGAGGCAAUCUCGCGCUGGGGCCUGGGGUACGUGGUGCUGACGAGCGUCGACCGCGACGACCUGGUGGACGGCGGCGCACGGCACUUCGCCGAGACCGUGAUAAAAAUCAAGCAGAAGAAGCCAAGUAUGCUGGUCGAGUGUCUGACGGGUGAUUACGCCGGAGAUGAGGACAUGGUGGCGCUGGUCGCGCGGUCCGGGCUCGACGUCUACGCCCACAACGUCGAGACCGUCGAGGCCCUCACCCCGUACGUGCGCGACCGCCGCGCCAAAUUCCAGCAGUCGAUCCGCGUCCUCGGCGCCGCCAAGGCUGCCCGUCCCGACCUCAUCACCAAGACCUCGCUCAUGCUCGGCCUCGGCGAAACAGACGAACAGCUCUGGGAUACUCUGCGCCAGCUCCGCGCUGUUAAUGUCGACGUUGUCACUUUCGGCCAGUACAUGCGCCCGACGAAGCGCCAUAUGGCCGUCCAUGAAUACGUUACCCCCGACCGCUUCGAGCUCUGGCGCCAGCGUGCCCUUGAUAUGGGCUUCCUCUACUGCGCUUCGGGCCCGUUGGUCCGCAGCAGCUAUAAGGCCGGCGAGGCAUUCAUUGAGAACGUCCUGAAGAAGCGCCGUGCCGCCUCGCCCACUGCCGAGGGCACUGUCGAGCAGCCUGCCGUCGCGGCCGACGAGGCAGCCCGCUAA